AUGCCUUCUGGUGUCAUAUUUGUAAUUUACAUACCAACAAGUAACUACGAACAUGUAUUGAAAUUCGGUAAACCAAAAGAGCUACUUCCAAUUGAUGAUUCGCUCGAUAAGUUUCGUUUAGAAGUAGAAUUACGUAAUAAAAGUACAAAAUCAAUUCCGAUACAUUUCACGCAGAGCUACUAUAACGAAAGCUUUAAUCCGAAAUUGGAAAAUAUAAACGAGGAUACAGAGUUCAUCACAAUGGAAAGCAUUUUAGAGGAGUUACUAAAGAAAUUAAAAGUUGAACAUGCUGUAUGGAUGAGCGAUAAAUUAGGUAAUUACUAUGAGGUUGUUUUCCCUCUUGCCACCGGAGACCCGUGCGAGACCAUGCUGCACUGUCUCACGCAACUGGGAAUUGGCGUUCGAAACAAAUCCAUUGUCAGCGUUCUGCCGUGUAAUGUAGUGCACGCGGCGAUUGAAUUCACUCUUGAGGAUGAUGACUAUAUGCUAAGAAAAAACGAAGAAGCGAAACGUUGGCGCAGCUUCGUUGAGUCAAUUAGGUCAAAGCUGACAGUCAAACAAGUUGUAGACGGCGUCCGAGGCGGUGGAGAGCUAUCGUUUGACUAUCUCACACUUAUUAUAACAGCCGAUUCCUUGGCAGCCCUUGGCCUAGUCGAAAACAACGCAUCAAACAUCGUAGCGGCCAUGUUGGUCUCACCUCUCAUGGGACCUGUGAUGUCAAUUACGUUUGGCACGAUCAUCUCUGAUAGAACCCUAGUCCGAAGUGGCUUCGAAAGCUUGAUUUUGGGAAUGUUUUUAUCUCUUUUAUUUGGAUUUAUAUUCGGCUUAAUUUUGGGUACCACCGAAAUGCCUUGGGGCUUUGGAGACUGGCCAACUGAAGAAAUGAAAUCAAGAGGAAACGUCCGUUCGUUGUGGAUGGGUGUACUUUGGGCUUUAACCUCCGGAACGGGUGUAGCUCUUGCCCUUCUGCAGGGCAGUGCGGGACCUUUGAUAGGCAUCGCUAUAUCCGCUUCACUCUUACCCCCUGUUGUUAAUUGUGGAUUGUUCUGGGCGUUGGCAUGUAUAUGGCUGCUGUAUCCAGGCGUGAAAAUACCUCACAUCAAAGGGGAGCCGUAUUACGGUAACUCAUCUUACGAGCCGCUGUACCAUGACUACAUGCCUAUAGAAUUCGCUAUUAACGGUAUUGUUAGUUGCUGUCUGACCAUCGUGAACGUGAUCUGCAUAUUCAUAACUGCGAUCAUCUUUCUCAAGAUCAAGGAAGUAGCCGCACCGUACACUUCCUCUCCUGAUUUGAGGAGGUUUUGGGAAAAGGACAUUAAAGUGGCAAGAGAAGCAAACCGAGCUCAUUUGUAUAAAGCUGAAGAUGAUGAACGAACCGAGUUGGUAAUGGAAGAUUUAAAUCAAAAUAAUGAAGACAGUGUUAAAGAAAAACUAGAAGAAGCUGUUCAAGAAGCACUUGACGAUGAAACUUAUAGAAAAGUUAAAAGAAUGAGCUAUCAAAACCAUAAUGCUGACGAGGUAAGUCGAACAAUUGGACUUCAAACGCGAACCCCAGCAUCGAUCCGAUCGAGUAUGAUAGCGUCAGGAGCAACGACCCCUCGCGGUAAAGGAUCAAAUAUUAACAUCGCUGCAUUGGACAAACUUCUAACUUCAUUACUGGAUUUAGAAAAUAAACGGAAAAGAUCAUUCAGAUCACACUUGGGAACUCCAAGAACUAGCCGGUUGCCGACUUUAGAGGAAUUUGGAAGAAACAGACGUCCAGAAUCGUGGUCAGAUAGAAUAUUCGAAAAUUCCAUUGUCCACAACGUAAUGACUAACUUGAGAUCUAGCAAAAGGAGUUCGGCUGUUGAAGAACAAUUUUUGACUCCUAAAUAGUGUAGUACCUAAUAGUAGAAGUGUUUAUCAAUAAGAAAAUAAUAUAGGUAGACGAUAUUUGUAAGUUAA